UACCCUAGAUUGAUUCCUAUGCGUUGUAAUUCGUCGUUAAAUUCUAUACGUGACUAAAUCUUGAUUUUGGUUUCGAGUUUUCUGGUUUUUGUUUCGAUUCUGUUGAUUCCCCCCUUUUUGGACGCCAUGGAGCAGAAGAAUUUCGUCGUUGGAGGUUCCUUUCUUACUUGCCUUGAGAGACAACACACUUCCCCCCCUUCAGUUAUUGUAGUAGGUGGAGGAAUAUCAGGGAUUGCAGCUGCUCGUGCAUUAUCAAAUGCUUCCUUCCAGGUCACUCUUCUAGAAUCACGUAAUCGGAUUGGUGGUCGAGUCCACACUGAAUAUUCUUUUGGCUGCCCUGUUGAUAUGGGAGCAUCAUGGCUUCAUGGUGUCUGCAAUGAGAAUUCUCUUGCUCCAUUGCUUCGGCAGCUUGGUCUCAGAAUGUAUCGCACUAGUGGUGAUAAUUCUGUCUUGUAUGACCAUGAUCUGGAGAGCUAUGCCCUUUUUGACAAAGAUGGCCACCAAGUACCUCAGCAAUUAGUUAUUGAAGUUGGGGGGAAGUUUGAAAGAAUUCUCAAAGAGACCAUCAAAGUAAGGGAUGAGCAUGCUGAUGAUAUGUCAGUGCUCCAAGCAAUUACUAUUGUUCUUGAUAGGCAUCCUGAGCUACGGCAAGAAGGAUUAGCAUAUGAAGUAAUGCAGUGGUAUAUCUGCAGAAUGGAAGCAUGGUUUGCUUCAGAUGUGGACAAUAUUUCUCUAAAAAACUGGGAUCAAGAGCAUGUUCUCACUGGUGGCCAUGGACUUAUGGUGGAGGGUUACAACCCUUUAAUUAAAAAUCUUGCGAAAGAUCUUGACAUUCGUUUAAAUCACAGGGUAACACAAAUUGUCCAAUGUAGCAACAAGGUCAUGCUCACUAUCGAGACUGGGGCUACUUUCGUAGCUGAUGCCGCUAUAAUCACCGUCCCUUUAGGCGUCCUUAAAGCAAAUAUGAUUCAGUUUGUUCCUAGAUUACCUGAAUGGAAGACCUCAGCAAUAUCUGAUCUCGGUGUUGGCAAUGAGAACAAAAUUGCUCUGCACUUUGAUACUGUCUUCUGGCCCAAUGUAGAAGUGUUAGGUAUCGUCGCUCCCACAUCCUAUGCUUGUGGUUACUUCCUCAAUCUUCACAAGGCAACAGGAAACCCUGUUCUUGUAUACAUGGCUGCGGGGAGGAUUGCGUAUGACAUCGAAAAGUUAUCUGAUGAAGAAGCUGCUAAUUUUGCAAUGUCUGAACUAAAGAAGAUGUUACCUCAUGCUAAAAAACCGAUGGAUUUUUUGGUUUCUCGCUGGGGAAUGGACCCGAAUUCCCUUGGAGCUUAUUCCUGCGAUUUAGUCGGGAAGCCGGCUGACUUAUGCCAUAGGCUUCAAGCCCCUGUUAACAAUCUUUAUUUUGCCGGCGAAGCCAUGAGCAUUGACCACUCCGGAACUGUGCACGGCGCAUACUCUUCAGGCAAAUUAGCUGCAGAAGAAUGCCGAAGGCGUUUAUCGUUGCAGCAUGGUUUUCCAGAUCUUUUCCAAAUCGUUCUUCGGGAUGACAUAAAUGAAAUUAUGUUCCCUCUUCAAAUUUCCAGGCUGUAAUUGAAUCGAUCAUUCGCAAGAUCAAUGAAUAUUGAAUCUGUCAAUGCAGACUGAAUUUCUGAACACAAAUGCAUGAAUUGUGUUCCAUCUCAUUU